AUGGAAUUCUUAAAGCGAGCCUCUUACGAUCCUCCCCUUCCCCAAGUUGAGCAGGACGACCGGAUCCUAUGGAGCUCCAAGAUUGCGGCGUCUCCUCCUUCUGUAUCCUACCAUGGUAUCAUGGAUUCUCAGGUCGAACGGAGCGAGGCAAACAUCCUCAAACUACUAAACAAAGUUCAUGACUUUGGUUUCUGUUUUGUGACCGGCGUGCCCGCUACUGCUGAGGACACCAAAACCCUCAUAGAAAAUAUCGCUCCCAUCAGACACACACACUAUGGCGGAUUUUGGUCUUUUACAGCCGACCUCAGUCACGGCGACCUGGCCUACAGUGCACAAGCCCUCCCUGCCCAUACCGACACUACUUACUUUACAGAUCCCGCUGGCCUUCAGAUCUUCCACCUCCUGUCCCACCCUGCCCCCGGCACAGGCGGCACCACCCUUCUGGUCGAUGGCUUCUACACCGCCUCUCUCUUAUCGGCCAUCCACCCCGAAUCGUAUGAUACUUUAUCGCGUUUAGCGACACCGGCACAUGCCUCGGGCACGGCAGGGACAAUGUUACGCCCGCCAACGAGCCAGCCUGUGUUUGUGCAUGACGAGCAUCAGCGAUUAUCUCAGGUGAGAUGGAACAAUGAAGAUAGGGGAGUAAUCGGACGGGGAUGGACGCCAGAGGAAGUCACGGGGUGGUAUAAGGCUGCGAGAGAGUACGAGGCGUUGCUGAAGGGCGAGGACGCAGAGUACUGGGUACAGCUCGGUCCCGGGACUGUACUGGUGAUCGACAACUGGCGUGUCAUGCACGGCCGUUCCGAGUUUACCGGCGCGCGAACCAUGUGUGGUGCGUACGUCGGUGCCGACGACUGGCGCUCUCGACGGAAUGUGCUUUCAGAGAGACAUCGACAGCAAAAGAAAAAGGAGUCCGCUUUAGACGACGUAUGGAGCGUCGGCUGGUGA